CACACUCGAAAAAGGUGUCCUCGGCCGACUUGUCCCCGUCUUUCGUGGCUCUGUCAGACUUAAGACCAUUGCAUAUGGUGUGUCUGAUGACAUCUCUUGUGCAAGUGCUUUUGGUGUUCCAUGGUUUUGUGAGACAACUGUGCUAUGGUGAUUAAUUGACACUUAUUCGCAACAUCAAAUGUCUGACUAUUAAUUUUUGUGUCAUCAAGCUUGCGACAACUGUGAGGACUCCUAAAGUGCGUGUGAUUAUUAAACUUAAAAGUGAUUUUUUUUUUAGAAAAAAAAUUGUUUUCUUCAAAGAUAGAAAACAUUAAAUUUACAGGACUUCUAGAGGAUGAUCUCGAUAUUAGGUAUAUCCCUCUGAUGUCCAUUGAGUGCUUCUAGCAAAGCCCAAUCUGCAGUGAAAAAGGCAAGACAUUGACUUUGACAAAGUGGAAGAUCGCGAUCCUCGAACAUGGACCCCGAAAGUUUCGCCAUGUCUUCCUAUCAGUUUGUAAACUCCUUAGCUUCGUGCUAUCCCCAGUCGCAACUGGCUCAGCAUCAGCAGAACCAUCAGGGCAAUGGUACUGCCACUAGUGGUAGUUCGGCCACGAGCCAACCAGGUCAGGAGUACUUUUCAGGCUCCUAUACGCCCAACCUCUAUCCAGGCACACCUCAGGCACACUACAACCAGAACUAUCUGGGAGGUCAGCAGGCUCAAACCGGCGAUAUGGUAGACUACACACAGCUCCAACCCCAGCGACUUCUACUGCCCAACCAGCCUCAGCAGACCCAACAAACACCGCAGCAAAAUCUCAACUCGGCCAGCUGCAAGUACGCCGCCCAGGAAUCAACCACUGCAAGUGUGACCAACAGCACGUCCAUCUCCAGUCCUCAGGAUCUCUCCACAGCCCGCGACAUCUCGCCCAAACUCUCCCCUAGCACGGUGGUGGAGAAUGUAGCCAGGUCCCUAAGUAAGACCUCAACGGUGUCCUCAACAAAUGCCACAACGAACCAUCCGGCAGCAGGAUUGGGGGCCAAUCACACCACUACCGUGCCCCUACACAGCCCCAACGGAGGAGACUCGGACACAUCCAGCGAGAGUGGCAAUGAAACAGGAGGCGGAGGUACCCAGAGUAAUUCCUCAAAGAAGGGCUCGGGACCACCGCAAAUAUAUCCGUGGAUGAAGAGGGUCCACCUAGGCCAAAAUCUCCGGGACAAAAUCCGUGAUGGCACGGUGAAUGCCAACGGUGAGACGAAACGCCAACGAACCUCCUACACCCGCUACCAGACGCUGGAGCUGGAGAAGGAGUUCCACUUCAACCGAUACUUGACACGGAGGAGACGGAUCGAAAUUGCCCAUGCCCUCUGCCUCACGGAGCGCCAGAUUAAAAUCUGGUUCCAGAAUCGUCGGAUGAAGUGGAAGAAGGAGCAUAAGAUGGCAUCAAUGAACAUUGUACCUUACCACAUGUCACCCUAUGGCCAUCCCUACCAAUUUGACAUUCACCCAUCGCAAUUUGCACACCUGAGCGCAUAGGACGCGUGGCACUUUUCGGGUACUGGUUAGAGACUCAAUCAGCUGUAUCAGGAGCCAUAUCAGGGGUACCAGAAUAAUCAGGACAAUGUGCUGUUUGGCAGCAGCAAUUCUGAUUCUUCCAAGUAUCCACAAGACUUCUGAUCUCGUGGCACCCAAGAGAUCACCCUCUGAGUCGCUUAACGCCAGGGAUCAUUCUCAAAAUCAUGUACAUGAUACAGCUGCUGUGAGAAAAAUGAUCUAAAUUACUGGAAACAUCUCAGAGAAAUUUUCACCACAUCCUCAAACACAUUAAUCCUCUCUUGCAAAUUCCAUCCUUUAAUCAAGUACACUUUACACAGCCUCCAAAGAGUUGAGAAGACUCUAGAUUGAGGAUUAAUUUGACAGAGAUUGCAAUUAAAAAUUUUAACGCUUUAAUUUCAGAGAAAUUUUCAAAUUUAUUUAAUUUCUAGCUAUGAAGGUAGCACCAUAUUAAUCGUCAAAAUCAGAAAACAUUUAGCCGGGACACAUAUAACUAAUAGCAACCGUAAGCUACAUGUUACUUCACUCAAAUAUCAUUUUUCUCAAAUUUUUAGAAUUUCAGAAUUCAUAGGAUUUUGUAAGAACGAAAGAAGAUACGUAAUGGUUUGUGUCUCGGGUAACAAUCGAAAUUUCCAUUUCAAAGUCUUACCUUUAUAGGCCAUUACCAUUGAGAAAAAAUUCAGAUUUUUGUAAUUCUCAAUUCACAUAAACAGCUCGCAAUAAAGCUCAGUUUUAGCUGAGAUUCUUUACAUUGAAUCUGAAUAUUUCUGUGGCAUUUGAUUGUUUUGAUUUACACGGUAAAAACUUUUGAACACUGACCAAAUUAUUGGAACAAGUUUUCCUUGGAACAAAUUUUUUGGAAUCGAUUUGUACCUAGAGAAGAUAUUUGUCUGUUCCAAAAAGUUUUCUUUACAGUUCUGUUACGAAAUACAGUUACAAUUUUGUUAGAGUUUUCUUUUGGAACCCCUUUGAUACGGAGGAAUGUCUACAAAUUUGAGUUGAUUUCGUUUUAUACAAAUUUGUUCCUGAAAUUUGGAACAGAAUUUCUUGCACUCGGCUGUUUUGUUCCCACUGUCAGGAACAAAUUAAUACAUUUUUUUAUAACAAUAUUAUUCCCACAUCUGUAACCAGUGACGAGCAAUUUUUGGAACAAAUUCGUUACCAAUAUUGGGUAUCUUUUUGUUUCUCCUAGAAGGUACAAAUUUAUUCCAAAAAUUUUCGGUGUCCGUAGACGAGCUACAUUUUGAAACAAAUUCGUUAAUAAUAUUGAUUGUCUUUUUGAGUGUCGUAAAAUGAACAAGAUUGUGUCCACAAUUAUGGUGUCCGUGGACGAGCUAAUUUUUGGAACAAAUAUGUGCUGAAAUUUUUUUAUCGUGUGAGUUCUUGAAAAAAUGAAUGGAAACAAUCGAAAUCUUCGUGAAAUCACUGCUAAAGAAUAUCUUUAAUCGUUUGCUAUGCAAAUUAAGACAGGAAAAGAGGUAGUGAGCGGAAAUGAUUACCACUUUAAAACAACGAUACUUUUUUGCCACACUUCUGACAUUCUUCUUGAUUUUACCGUAAAACAAAGUUUCAGGGACAUUUCGUCACUGAAAGCACUAUUUUCCCUUCAGGGAACCCACAAUUACAGUAGAUUCUCGCUAAUUCGACUCUUUUAAUUUCAAUUAACUCUUUCAAUUCGGGCGGCAGUUCAAUUCGAAAAAGUUUGUUAACAUUUUUCAAAUUUUCGAAUGAAGCAAAUGUCCUUAAAUUUGCCAUGUUUAGUCUUAGUUAUUAUGUGAUUUUGCAUUAUUAAAGCGUUUUCAUGAAACUUACAAUAAAUACAAGUAUGUAAACUUAAUAUGUGCAAUGUGCAGUGCAUGCAGAUGAACAAAAAAUCGUUGCAUUUCCAACAGUUUGACACCAAAAUUUCUCUCUAAUUCGGGUGACAUUUCGGUUCCAAAUUCCCGAAUUUGAGAGAGUCUACUGUACAGUAGACUCUCGAUCAAUCAGAUCUUUUUCAAAUAUGGUUUCUACACACUAUGAAAAAUUUCUUUAAAAAAUGCCUUUUUAGGGAAAUUUUCCCCUAUCCUUGUAGACAGAAACGUCAGAUUUUUUUUAAAAAGACAAUUUUUGACGAAAAUUGCUCCUAGUAUGUAGACACCAUUAGACGCAAAAUUUUGUUGACAAUUUUCACGUUUGAUUUUAAAGUAAAUUUGUUCAAAUUGGCUGUAGUUCAUCUUGUUUCAUCGUGAUACUUUAUAUUUGAGCGCUUUUUGUGGAAUUUUCAAUGAUUUUGAUGCUAAUUUGGAUGACAUUUUGCCCCAUAUGCCCGAUUGAGAGAGAGUCUACUGUACUUGAAUUUCAUCUAAAAACAUCUUCAGUGUGAAAUGAAAACAAGCUUUUUUUAAUGAUAAUUCGCUCAGCUAACAUAUAACUGGCAUGCAAGUGUCAGAAGAAAGCUCGUUGAAUGGCUCUGUACCUGAUUUUGGAACGAAUUGGGAACACUGUGGAAAACUGUUCCCAAUUUUAAUUUUUAUUUUUAAGCUUUUACGUUCAACCGAAUUGAUCUUUUUCUCAUAAAAGCACCCUUUCUUUCAUUUAUUGAGUUGAAAAUUUUCCAGCAAAUUUGUUGAAAAAUUUCUCAGUGGAAAUUGCCCAUUAUCAAAAAUUCUUUGUACUCUUACAAUCGACAAGGUUUUUAUUGGUAACCCUUUUUAGGAUUUGAAUUAAAAGCAAGAUGAAAUAAAAAUACCGAAGGCAGAGAUUUUAUUACUGUCUCGAAAAACUGAUAAAAUUUUCCGAUUUAAUUUUUUUUGUCUUAGAUUUUGCCUUUGAAUAAACUUGCAUUUUUUAUUAAAAUUAUUGUUUUAAUGUGCUGUUUUCUUUAGUUUAUUUUUAUUUCUAUGUUAAGAAGUGUUCUAAUUUUCAAACAUUUAUGAAAGACUUUUUUUCCUAUAUGUUUAACCUUGAAAAUUCAAAACUUAUCCAAAAUCUAAUGGAUUCUCAAUGAAAACAAAACUCUGUCUUAUUUACAAAAAUCCUAAUCUAUCGUCCCUUCAACUCUCCUCUGCAAAAACUUCACAAACGUUAUGUAAAUAUGGUUAGAAAUUUCAUGGGGUGGAUGAUCUUGUGAUUCAGAUCCAGUAUUUUAAAUCACAUCUCUAAUCAGUAUUCGAAAAGCCAAUUUAGGUGUAUAAGAACCUCUUACAUUUAAGACAAAAAAAACAACCUUCUAGGGUACACAAAGCCUAUUAAUUCUUUUCGUUUAUUUUUUUUUUCAAAGAACUGGAACACUAGAACAGAAGAUCAAUGGAAAAAUACUCAAAUAGCUUGUGUUCUAAUCCAUAUCAGCCCCCUCUUAUUUAUUUCUGUUUUUUUUUUUGGAUUAUCCACUAAUUGAAAAAGAAAAGAAAAAUAUGUUUAUUGUUUGUUGAAUAUUUUAACACAAAUUUGUGUUGGAGGUUUUUAUUUUGAAUUUCCUAAACAGGGAACAAGAUGAAGAGAGAGAGAAAAAAAUGUGCCGGAAAAAUUGUGAAUUAUAUUUGUUUUAUUUAAUUCUCUUUUUAUUAUCUUAUUGUGUAGAAAAUUUAUUUUGUUGACAAGUUUUUUCGUAACAAAAAGUGCAAAUCAUAAUGACAUUUCUUCGAAUGUGAAUGAAAGCAAAAAGAAAAUUGAAAAAUAAAAAUUAGUGUAAAUUUUGUAAUUUAUUGUCUGUGGAUUUAUAAAUGAUUAAAGAAAAAAAUGUGAAAAAAUGAGGAGAACUUAUAAAAUUCAUGUCAAUUUAAAAGCAACAUGUGUAAACUGUAAGAUAUUGAAUUUCUGCAUAUUGUAUAAAGGAGAAAAAAAGGUCAUGGAAGAAAGUGAGAGAUGAUAUGUGAGCAAGACAUCUUAAAUUAUGUAGAGGAAUAUAUUUAACAAAAAAAAAGAUGCAAAUAAAAUGAGUGUGUUGUAUUUAUUUCAAGUAUGUCGAAGGGUGCAAAAAAAGCAUUAAUUUAAGAUAAUCUCGAUGACAGAAGAAAUCUUGUACUAUAAAAAAAUUCUAAAUGGAUAUUUAAAGACCGAAAUUCAACAAAUUCGGAGAAAAACAGGGCUUUCGUUCCUUCUCAUAAAAGCAACAAAGAUUGUAAACAGAAACAAAAGCAACAACAAUUCGUUUUAAUUUGUUUUUAAGUUAGUUCACUGCGAGGAAAAGGAAUUUUUCAAAGACUGUUAUGGGCAACGCACAAUAACUUUUAUUGUGUAAAUAUUUCUUUGACAUUUCAGCGAGAGUGAGGAAAAUAUAGAGUCAUCUCGCUCACUCUUAAAGGCAGUUGCGAAAAAAUGUUCACGAAACAACAGUUUUUUUGUGCACAGAAAUAUGCCCAACGUACAAUAACUUUUGUUUUGUAAACAUCCUUUUGAGAUUUCAAUGAGAGCGAGUGAGGUCUAGAUCUAGUCAUCUUUCUCACUCUCAUUGUAAAUUUAUAAACAAAACUUAUUGUGCGCUGGCUAUUAUUCCUAACGCACAAUAAUUUUUAUUUUGUAAACAUGUUUUCGACAUUUCAAUUAAAAAUUUGAAAUAAAUAUCUAGUUAUCUCGUUUUCUCUUAUAAGAAAUUUUGAAAACAUAUUUAUAAACAAAAGUUAUUGUGCUUUGGGCAUUAUGCUCAACGCACAAAAACUUUUGUUUUGUAAACAUGUUUUCGAAACUGCCUAUGAGAGUGAGCAAGAUGACUAGAUUUAGAUCUCACUCACUCUCAUUGAAAUGUAAGUAACAUGUUUACAAAACAAAAGUUUUUAUGCUUUGGGCAUUAUGCCCAACGUACAAUGACUUUUGUUUUGUAAACAUGUUUUCGAAUUUGCCUGUGAGAGUAAGCGAGAUGGCUAGAUCGAGAUCUCACUAUCUCUCACAGAAAGCUCCGAAAGCAUGUUUACAAACAACAUUUAUUGUGCGCUCUGCAUUAUGCUCAGCGCACAAUAACUUUUGUUUGUAAACAUAUUGUCAAAUUUUCCUAAGAGAGCGAAAGAGAUGACUAGAUAUAGAUUUCAAUCACUCUCACUGAAAUUUCGAAAAUAUGUCCACAUGCUUUUGAUAUGUAUAUCAGUCAGAGUGAAUGACAUGUAGAUCUAGGUCAUCUCUUCUAAAGUCUAAAGUCUUUUUUGGUUUAAUAAAUUCUGUUUUGAGACUUUAUUGUCACUCUCAAAUGCAAUAUCCACCAAGAAAAGCUUUUCAGAUUCAAAAGAACAUUUUUGUGCGUUUGCAUAAAUCGGUACAGAAAUGAACCAUUGAACAAAAUAUCCUCAAAAAACAAGACUUGUCUUUUUAGGACUUAGUCCUUAGGUUCAUUUUUCCAAAAAGUUUUAGUAAAGGCUUUUAUUGAUUUUUCAAUGAGCUCAAAUUCGAUUUUUCGAAAAAAUUCUUGUUUUCUUGUGUUUCAAAAAUAUUUCUUUGAGGGACGAUUCUACGAAAAUAUUCCCCUCAAAUAUCAGUUGACAUUAUUUCGAAUUUGGCCCCCUCUUACUAAAAUCCCGUCUACGCCCUUGGCACAAUUGUUUUUGUUAGAACUGAUUUAAAAAAAACGGACAUCUGAAUGAACGAGAUAAAUGAGAAAAAUAUAUAUUAUUCACUCUGCAGGAAGAAUAAAGGUUCUUUAGUUUUAAUAAAUUUAUAAUCAUCUUUUUAAGCUAGUGAUUAUCCAUGUGAUUUCUUGAACAUAUUUCCGAUAUUUCCCAUACACGAUUACUUGGAAAUGUCAAAACAAUAUUUAAAAUACAAUAUAGGUUGUGCGUUGCCCAUUAGAUGAUGUUUUUGUCCCCAGAAAUAAUAUUUGUGUGUUAAAUAUAAUUUCUUGUGGAUUAAAGCAAAUUGACGCAAAUAUUCUCCUCUAAUUUAUCAUCACACAGUGUUUGAUAAAUGAUUUUUAAUCUAAAAGAAAAAUUCACAAAACAACAAAACAUAAACAUUUGUGGUGGAAAAUGCAAAUGAGAUGAAAGAGUGAUGAGGUGAGAAUUAUUGAGAAAACACCACUUGAAAGAUGAAAAUGCUAAAGAAAAUGCAAGAUGAGCACAAAAUUUUUUGUAUAAAGAAAAAGAAAACACACACGAGCAAGAGAAGAACUCAUGAGACCGAUUAUGUUAUUAUUUGUAGUAUCUUUAUUUAACUAAGGUUAGUGCAUUUUUUCGUAGUUAAUUUAAUCAUGUAAGAAGUCUAAAAGAAAUCACUAUAAAAAAAACUACUGAGUGUUUGUAUAAAACUGAAUCUCUAGUAAUUAAAUUAUAUUUAAUAAAAGAAAAUGUGAAAAUGAUAUAUAAAUUGAAAAAAAAAAAUAUUAUUUGAAAAUAAUAUUUGUAGGACGAUAUUUAAACAAGGAUGAACAUGACACAAAAUCUACUGUAAUAACUAAUUAUUUAUAUCUGGGCAUAGAAAGUGGAGAAGUGGGUGGGAAUUCUUAGGUGAGAGAUAGUUACAUCGGGCUAAAUCCAAUGGAUUUUUAGUCACUCAAACACAGACAAGUCUUAAAGAAAAAAAACUGCAAUAAAAAGUCUCAAAGUAAAACUAUCACAUGACAUCCAACUCUUUGCAUUCCAUGUAUAAAAAAAUACAAUUGCAAAUCCAAAAAAAUACAUAUGAAUAAAAUUGUUUAAAACAGAAA